AUGCCUCUACCACCUAAUUUACACCCCGACUUCUCCUCCCUCCCAUGGAUCCACCAGCUCCUCACCUCCACCGACCCCACGCUCAAUCUCUCGGACACGCAUACCAAAACCGACACUUAUAGCCCACCGACCAGCGCCUCCAACACCCUCUUCGCCACCACCCUCGCCAACCCCAGCUCAGACGCCAUUCGCGCCUCCCUGCACUUCACACGCCGGUGUCCGGAGCCGGACUCCAUCGCCGUCUCCACCACUCCGGCACGUGAUGCCCUCACCCCAAUCCCAACAGAGCACUGUACCCUCCUCUCCCUGGGCACAGGCAUCGACGGCAAGACCUCGCGCGCGCACGGCGGCUUCAACGCCCUGCUCCUGGACCACCAGCUGGGGCGCACGGCGGCGGUGAGUUCGGCGAGCGCGACGCCCGCGACGGCGACCAUGACGGUGGAUUACAAGGCGCCCGUGGUGACGCCCGGGGUGGUGCUGGUGAGGGCGUGGUUGGUGGGAUUGGAGGGAAGGAAGAUUUGGGUGAGGGGGGUGGUGGAGGAUGGGGAGGGGAGGGCCUUGGCGGUUGGGAAAGCGUUGUUCUUGAAGGAGAAGGGCGGGGGGAGGAUUUGA